UAUCACAGCUUCACCGAACGUCGACGUUUUGAAAGUUAAAACAGAUUGGAUUAAGUAAAAGUGUGACAAAUUCCCUGUUUCGUAAUGGGUCAACUCUAUCUGUCAACCCUUUAUUUUGCUUUAGUCAAUCAGAUUGUACUUCAUUUAAUCCAUGCGGAUUUAGAGGGUGCAAAUCAAUCAACUCUUGAAUACAGCAAUGUUUACUGCCGUACGGAAAGAAGAGUAGAAUUAAAUUAUAUAUUCUACCGUUACGAUACGUGUGCAAGAUGUUACGACUACUUACCUGAUUGGAUCUUUCCAAAUAUGAGCUUGAAAUUUGUGUAUAAAGGCAAUGGAUAUUUAUACAACCCUGAAGAUAAUACACCAUAUUUACCUGAUCCUAGUAACACCAGUUGCCCAAUUGUUUUAACAUUCAUUUCGGAGGAAUUUAUAAAGAAAUGGGCAGAAUGUUGCCAAGCUGCUCUCGACUGCUGCGAAGAAAUGGCAAAGGCUACGAAACCCAAUGAAGAAACAUAUUGCCCAAGAACCUGGGAUGGUUGGCAGUGCUGGCCGGAUACCCAAGCUGGUACAAUUGCAAUUGCUCCUUGCGCUAGGCAUAUUUAUUUUAAAAGUGAACAACCUGCAUGCCCACGUUUUGCUAUGAAAGAAUGUUGGCCCAAUGGUACUUGGUAUGUCAACGACGAGUAUAAUAACGAGUGGACCAAUUAUGGAAAUUGUGGACGUGUAGCUGAAGUCAGAAGAUUACUAUAUUUUCACAUAGUAACUUACGCUAUAUCAAUUAUCUUCCUCAUCCCUGCAUUGAUAAUAUUCACGAUGUAUAAACAAUUGCAAGUUCAUCGAAUUACAAUGCAUAAACAUUUAUUUGCCUCACUACUCUUAAAUGGUAUUUUUGUAAUCUUAUUUAAGUCCAUCGUUAUGUUAAACGAGCUCAACACUACAAGUGAAGAAAAUACAAUUUUGGAAGCUAAUGGGGUAGGAUGUAAAAUUUUGUUCGUUCUGACUAAGUAUUUUCGUAUGACCAAUUACAUGUGGAUGCUGUGUGAAGGAUUUUACUUACAUAAAUUAAUUGCUGCAGCUUUUGCUGAACAGAAAAGCCUUAUAAUGUUCUAUCUAAUUGGAUGGGCAUUUCCAGCAAUACCAAUUUGUAUUUACGCUUUAUUAAGGAAGAUUUAUUCAGAUGUCAGGUGUUGGGCAAUUCCAGAAGAGACGUACGAAUGGAUAAUGAAUACACCAAACCUGAUAAGUCUUUUGUUAAAUUUAGCAUUCCUGUUUAAUAUCAUUAGAGUUUUGGUCACUAAACUCCGUGCUACUCAUGCUAAUGAACCCAGCCAAUACAGGAAAGCAGUUAGAGCAACAUUAAUUUUAGUUCCAUUAUUUGGCGUCCAUUUUACUCUUGUGAUAUAUCGUCCACAGUCUGGAAAAUGUGAAUUUUUAGAAGCUUAUACGUACUUUAGCCAUGCAAUGGAUGGUUUACAGGGGAUGAUCGUUGCUGUGAUAUUCUGUUAUGCGAAUGGAGAAAUUCAAACAGUUAUUUGGCGCUCCCUGCAGAGGUAUCGUCUUCAACAAAAGUUUACAAGUACCUCAGGAGGGCGGCGCACGGCACGCACAGAAAUGACUAAGAACGAAUAUUUAGCAGGUGGUUUAUUUGCUGAAAAGGUCGUACCAGAGGUACAAACUACGUCAAGGUUCACAAAACAGAAGUUGGAACAGUUUCACAAUGAAACGGGUGUCAAUGUCGACUCAUAUGUCAACUAUAGGAGAAAUUCAAUCGCCGAAAAAUCACCAUGAAUCGAUUAAACGGACCUCAUGUUAAUAUUAUUUUUAUUAUUGGCAAAUAUAUUUCAGUGGAAACAAAAGCUUUCAUCUCUCUUCAUCAUUACAGUUAAAAAUAUUUGAGGAAAUUCUACAAAGAAAAUUUAACCUUACGUUCAUAUUUAUUUAUCAUCAUUUACUGGAAAAUAAAG